GUAUUUAGUUUUUUUUUGGUCAAAUACUAUUUAGGUUAUAUAUAUGGAAAUAAAAUCCAAAAGACUGAAAACAUUUGAUGAGUGUUUCUUAUUUAAUUUUCUUUUGAAGUCAAAAGUCUACAGAUGCAAGCGUUUUAAUUCGUGAGAAAGACAAAACGUUCUCUUGGGAUUGGCUAGAUUGCAGAAAUUCUAGUCAAAAUCUAAGUCCAAAGAAACGACGAAAUCCUCCUCUGUCGAUCUCCGCUUCUUUGCUUUCACUCCCCAUGGACGCUCUUGUUGCUCAGCUGCAGAUGCAAUUUCGUGAUUACACCAUUUCUCUCUACCAACAGGGUUUUCUGGAUGAUCAGUUUACUGAGCUGAAAAAGCUGCAAGAUGAUGCAAGUCCUGAUUUUGUGGCUGAGGUUCUGUCUCUUUUCUUCGAAGAUUGUGUGAAGCUUAUCGGUAACAUGGCUAGAGCUCUGGACCAGAAGGGAACUGUAGAUUUUAAUCAGGUAGGUGCGAGUGUUCAUCAGUUGAAGGGUAGUAGCUCAAGUGUUGGUGCCAAGAGAGUCAAAGGCUUGUGUGUUUCCUUCAAGGAAUUUUGUGAGGCUAAGAACUACGAAGGGUGUGUGAGAUGUCUGCAGCAGGUGGAUAUCGAAUACAAGACGUUACAGACAAAGCUUCAAGAUAUGUUCAACCUUGAGAAACAAAUCAUUGAAGCUGGUGGUAGAGUUCCUCAAGUGGAUAUUAACUAAAAGACUAGUUCCAGACUUCAAAUGCUCUUGUGGAUGAGAAGAAGAACAAGAAGAUGAUGAUGACUCCAAAUUGCAAUCUUCAGUUUCUAUUUUAAAUUUAUUUUGGAACUUGGUUUGCUCAGAAGAAACUCAAUAGAAUGUGUCGGAAAAGAGAGGAAGUGAUUCUUGUUGAUAAAUCAGUCGAAUGUAUUUUGUUUGAUCUCACUCAUCAGAGAAAAUCAUUCAUGUAUGAUAUAUUUGGUUUACUCCUGGUUCCUUUUUUUUAAUCCGGUUCGGUUUUGAUAGCGAAUAGAGAGAGCACGAAGUUAGACGGUGUGCGCGAGUGUAGG